AUGAUGACGUCAUCCCAUCAGAGCCCCACCACGAGCUCCAAACCACGGAGGACCAAGACGACGGCGAAGCCACCACAUCAGACCAACCACAAAGAACCGGCGACGCAGCCGGUGCUUAAGUGUCCGAGAUGUGAUUCUGUCAACACCAAAUUCUGCUACUACAACAACUACAGCUUGUCUCAGCCACGUCACUACUGCAAAAACUGCCGCCGUUACUGGACGCGUGGCGGCGCCCUCCGUAACGUCCCCAUCGGUGGCACCACCCGAAACAAGAACAAGCCUUGCAACCUCCACGUCAUCUCCUCUCCUAAUGUGACGCCAUCGUCUCACGAGCUUGUUGAUGGGUUUCGUAUACUAAACCCUCCUCCUUCGACGGCGAUGAUGAUGAGUUCUGGUGGAUUCUCCGGCUACAUGUUUCCGUUGGAUCCCAACUAUAAUCUUGCAUCUUCUUCGUCCAUUGAGUAUUUGAGUUCUUUAAACCAAGAUUUGCACCAGAAGCUUCAGCAACAGAGACUUAUCUCCUCCAUGUUUCUCCAAGAUUCUCUUCCGGUCACAGAGAAACCGGUUAUGUUUCAGAGUGUAGAGUCGAUUCCUCCUUCGACGGCGACGACUAAUUGGGUUUUCGAUAGAUCCGCCAUGGAAGGAGGAGCAACAAGUGGCAUUGAUGAAAAUAAUGGUGAUGGUAAUUUGGGGAUUUGGUACCAUAAUGGUAAUAAUGCUCUACCCUAA